UUUUUUCUCUUCAAACUCUGCGCACCCGUCAUAGUUCUUGAGUUCAGUUAAAAAUUAAUAUUCAACUGAGAUACUUUAUAAUAGUUCUCAAUUGCUCUCAUGCAAAGUAGUGGUUCCACUCUCCUAUUAGUCCACAUGUGAAAUUAACUGUGGUUAAUUAAAAAACUUUUCCUACAGAUUUUUAAAAUAAUUUUUUUUUUAUAAUUAAAUUAAUAUAAAUUAUUCAAACGAUAAUAAUAAUAGUAAUGGUGAUGAUAGUAAAAAUAAAAAGUGAAACUGAAUAUAAAAUUAAAUGGACCAGUGACAUGACAUUGAUGCUAGUGAUUCAGUUACAGAGUGUUAAAAAUGUUUAGAAAAAACAAUGAAAAUGCUAUUCACUCAAAGUGUCAGCAAGGAAUUAGUCAAGUUAUUGUGAUGACGAGUCGAAGGGGCGUUCGUCCUCUAACGGUGCAUGGUGGUGAAAUGACGAUAAUCCGGGAUGACAAGAAAAUAGAAAACUUGAUACCUACCAGCACUAAUCACUUUAGACAUUCAUCCUGGCAAGAAUAUUGGUCUUGCGAAGUAAGCAUAUCAUCUGCCCGCGCGUCGGUGAUGGUUUACGACGAUGUGAGCAAAAGAUGGAUACCAAGUGGCACAUCAUCUGGGUUGUCAAAAGUGCAACUUUAUCACCAUGUAGUGCAUAACACUUUCCGUGUCGUAGGACGUAAACUCCAAGAUCAUGAGAUCGUUAUCAAUUGUGCGAUACUCAAAGGACUCAAAUACAAUCAGGCCACAGUAACAUUUCACCAAUGGAGAGAUAAUAAUCGGGUGUAUGGACUUAAUUUCUCGACUAAAGAAGAUGCUGAGCAAUUCGCCAGAGCUAUGCUACAAGCACUUGAAGUGCUGAAUAACGGCAGUAACAUAUCGAGGAAUUCAGUUCCAGUUGGUACACCAGCUACUCAACAACAGACUGUUUAUUCACAACAACCCCAACAACAACAGCCAACAUCUCAGGCUAAUACGCAAUAUGAAGAGGAUAUGGGAUACAGAACCAUGACUAGAGAAGAUGUAGCAAUAAUUCAGGAACGUAGAAUGUCUCAGCAAAGUCAAAGCUCUAAUGGUCCAAAUGCAAUAUCUCCAAGCUGUCCAUCAGGAGCGCCUCAACAACAACAACAACAGCAACAGCAGCAACAACAAUCAGGUCAUCACAGAACGUCUUCAGCGCCACCAGCACCUCAGCCCCAGCCUCCACCAGUACCCGACUCUAUUUUGACCACUCGGCCGCAAAUAUCCGGUUCACCUGUGCCACCUCAACCUCCAGCAGCUCCACCAGCGCCUCCAUGUCCACCCGCGAUGAUGAACUUCAAUGCCCCUGUGCCACCCCCGAUGAUGAAUCAGUACGCACAAUCUCCUUCCCAAUCAAAUAUCUCCAGCCAAACGCAAUCCCAACAAAUUUACAGCAGUAAUCAGAACAAUCAAUAUAAUUCGCAAUCGAAUCAAUAUGUUAACAAUUCCAAUCAGAGUCAGUACUCAAGUCAAAGUAGUCUUUACAGCAGUAAUAAUCAGAAUUAUUCGCAAACAAAUAGCGCGCAAGGUAGUCAGUAUGCUAGUAGUCAAAAUUCUCAAUAUGGCAGUAGUCAGUAUGGUAGUAAUAGCUCGAUUAAUCAGUACGCCAGUUCACCCAGUCAAUUUGCGCAAAACCAAUCGCAGUAUGGCGUGGUGGGCCAGGCACAAGGGCAAUACGCUCAAACCGGGAAUGCUGUUAAUCCGUACGGGACUCCUGCAAAUUCUGUUAAUUAUGCCAGUGGGCCUGCAGCAAACGCUAACACUUAUGCUCCCAUUAGCAGCAAUGGUCCACCACCACCGCCGAUGGCUUCCCUUGGUGGUCCAGCUGCUCCACCUCCACCUCCACCCCCGCCAGUUCCAAACACUAACGUCAGUGCCGGGUCCAACACUAACAGUACCCCUAAUUCUGAACCAGCGCCUGAUGUGAAUUCCCUUGCAGCUGCUCUUCAAGCAGCUAAGUUGAAAAAAAAGCAGUCACAGCCAGUUGAAAAUAGUGGGUCUAGCAGUGGGGGUGGUGGCAAUUAUGGGACUCUAGGACGUGGAGGUGGCGGAGGAAUGGCAUCAAUGAUGGAUGAGAUGGCUAAAACACUUGCACGUCGUCGUGCAGCUGUUGAAAAGACCCAGCCUGAACAACCAGUUGAGCCAGAGAGUUCUCCUGAUAAAAAGUCUUGGGACAAAAAUAACUCGGCGAAUAGUAAAUUUUCAAAUGGUGCAGAGUCACCGAAAUCAGCUCGUAAAAGGUUCGGGUCAGCAUCUGAAGAUACUCUUCUUCGAGUUAAUGGAGUCAAUGAUGGAGCUCUGCUUACUGCUCAAGAGAUGGAGGCCUUUAAAGCUGAGAUUAUAAAAGAAGUCAAGAAAGAAUUCCAAAAGAUGAAACAAGAAAUAAUUGAAGCAUUGAAAGGUGAAUUAAACCGAAGGUAGAUGCGUCAACAUUAAAACAUUGAUGAUUAAUGGCAUAUAGCUAUUAAUAAACGUAAGAGAGAUUUGACUAGAUAAUUAAACUGCAGUCAUCAUCGAUGAUAACCGUGUAAGGUUUUUAUUACAUACUUGAAAAAUCAGAGUGUAGUAAUAUCCAUGUAUAUCUGCCAUUGUGUGUAAGUACGUUAAUCUAGCUUAGUAAAUUAAGAAGAAUCACAUUUUCGAUACCCCAUACAUCAUCUCUAACAAGGUGACCGAUUUAUCUAAUUAAUCCUAUCGAAACUCCAAGUUACUGGUUACUAAAGAUGCAUUACACCAGGCUUUCAUUUAGUUUUAUAACUAUAUCUUAAUUUAACAAUUUUAUAUCAAUAUACAUUUUUUAUGUCAUUUCUUGAACAAUUAUUGAUAUUAAUAUUGUUAAUAGAAUAAAUCGUUGGUGAUUCAAGUAAAAUAAUUUUUACUGCAUUUAAAUGGAAACAUAUCAUUAAUUGUCAUACAUUUUAUCACUUUGAUAUAUUUUUAUUAUACAUACCUUUUUUUGUAUUAUGAUUUUUUAUUUACUUGACAAAUUCAUGAAACUAAAUGAAUAUACAUGCUAUAAAAAAUUAAUAAUAUUAAGUAAAUAUGAAUUAUUUGAAAAUAUUCUCUUACAAUUCUAAAAUUAAUUUAUAAUGAUAAAUAGUAAAUGAAAAAAACAUGAAAUAACUAAACAAUAAUAAUUUGAGUGCAACCAAACGUCUUUCAAAGAACAAUUUUUAUUGAGAGAAUCAUAAAGCCUACGAUGAUGAGAAUGAUAAAAAUACUGAUAACGUGGAUUUCGAUAGUUUAUUGAUGAAAAGAAAAUUAAAAAUACGAAAGAAUGAUAAAAAUAAAAAAUAGUAAUGAAAGAAAGAAAGGAACAUGAUAGUGAACAGAAUUUUUCGUAUUAGCAGAAGUAAUGUGCCGCGAAGUUAUUUGCUAUUUUGCACUUAAAUUAAAAAUCGAUUGAAAAAAAAAUAAAGGAAAGUCAGUCUUUAAAAAAAAAAAAAAUAAUAAAGAUUUGAGUGAAGUUUCCAUUAAAUUUAUAUAAAUUAAAAUUUUGACAUUUUUUUGCGACGAAGACUGAACUAAUGAGAGUAAUCCUAAAAUAAUAAUAAAAAUGAAUAAAUUAAAAGGCGUAUAAAAUCAGGAAACAAUUUGACUGAUAAUGAGUAAAUAAUAAAUAAUAAUUACUAUUAUUAUUAAUAACUGCACAAAUUUUUAAGUCAAGUCAUUCUUAAGUAAUAAAAGUAAAAAUUAAAAAAUUAAUUGGUAAUGAAAUUAUAUUCAUUAGCAAAAUUAUUAUAAGCUUUAAGAGUAAUAUACAUUAUGUAAUGGUAUAUUUAUAUCAACAUAUAAGGCAAUUUCAAAGGCUGAUUGUCGUAUUUCCACAAUUUUUAUGGGUCGUGCACAUGCUUUUGCUAAGCUCUACUACUCUUCCCCAUGUAAAAUACCAGAAAAAAAUGCUUUAUAGGCUUGAGAAUCUCUGCUGUAGAAAAAGAUAAGUCUUAACUGAUUAAAAAUAUCGCAAAACAAGUAAAGUCAUGUGGAAGACGAGAUUUGUAGAUGUGUUGAACUACUUGAGAAUUCAUAUGAAAUAUUUAAAAACAAGUAAAAUAUUAUUUGUUAUAUUAAAAUAUUUUCAAUUUCAAUGUAGUCAAUUUUUUAUAAAUGAUGAUAAUUAUUAUAUGAUGAAAAAAAAAAAAAAUUAUUUCAAAGGAUUAUUAAGUUCAUCAUUAAUAAUUAAUGGUUGAUAAUAAACAAUAUAAAAAUGCGAUAAUUAUUCUAUAGCUAUGCACUUUAUUUUGAAAAUGUCAGUUUUAUAUUCUCACAUUUUAUAUAUGAUUACUUUUGUAAAUAUUAUUGAUAUUCCUUCCAUUAUUAUUAUUAUAAUAUGUAUUUAUUUUUCAUAAUUACUAAACUACCGAUUAAUAACUAUUCUUUAAGUAGUAAUUUUUUUUAUUAAUCAGCCUUUCAUUUUUUAUAAAAACUUAUGUAUUAAUUUUUGUACUGUAUUUUGAAUUUUUUUUAUAAAAAUUUUUAAAAUGUUAAAAAAAAAAAAAUUAUAUAUUCAUACAUCAAAUGUGAAUUUAUUUAUGAAAAGAAUUCAAAAUAAAUAUGAAAGGAAAGAAAAUGAAUGUGAAAAGAUGACAGAGGUGGACCAGAAAUAGUAAAUAGUAUUAAGAUGCAUUUAUGCGAUACAUAUAUCGAUUUGCUGAUUUAAACUCUAGCCCUGACAUUUGUUGCGAUAAAAAAAAGAAAAUAAAAGCCCAAGUUAACAAAAAUUAUAAAAGCUAAUGUGACUUAGAUAAAAAUGUAUUCAUUUUAUUCCAAAUGACCUGACGCCUUCAAGUUUUUGCGAAAUGAAGAAUAAAAAAUCUUCGACUACUGCUUACUAAUUAUGAUUAAAAACCUUGUAUUGUAAUUAUAAUUCUAAUUGUAAUGUUAUUGAUACAUUCUCAUGAUUUCCUAUGAGAACCGCGAAGAAAACAAUAUUCAUGGACAGUUAGAAAAGAAAUAUAAAACUUUUUAAACUGUUUAUGCUCGUACUGUUUCAUAACUAAUUUAUAAGUAUAAAAAAAUAUUGUAUUGGAUUUAUUAAUAUUUAAGAAAUUAAUUAACAGACUACUAAUUAAUAUAGUAAAUAAUGAGUUGUCUGAAUUGUACAGUUGUACAAGAAUUGUUCUAUUACUUGACUUAUCAUUGUGAAUAAUUCGGCAAUUUAUGUAUACGAGUUUAAUAAAUUUUUACUUCUUAUCAAGAAUAAUAAUAUUAUUUAAAAACUAACUUCAAGAGGAAAUACAUAGGAAUAAUAUUAAUAGUUGUAACACUGUACUUUUAAUAUAAGAGUAAUAUAAAAAAUUGUUGCAGUAGUCAAAAUAAUUUUUUAUAUUAUUUUUAUGUUGAUUAUAAUGAAGCUUUUCGUCACUACUAAUUGUAUGUCGAUUUUUUAAGAUUGUUAAAAUAAUCAUAUGAUAAUGAUAAUUAAUCAUAAUUUUGUAUUUUUAUAUUUGCAAUGUAAAUGUGCAUCAACGUAGAUUCAAUAGACUUUCCACCAGGUUUUACAUCGUUUAAACGCUGGGCAGUCAUUCAGAAUUGCCAAUAUGGGGCUGUGAUUGGAAACGUGAUCUUUAUUUAAUACAACUCGAUAAUCAUAUUUGCAUUUAAUAUCAAAUUAAGUGCUGACUCGUAUACAUCAAAGAUUGCCGGACGAUUCGUUUUCAUAUAACCAACACGUUAGAUAAGCGACUCUAGAUCAUUUAUCAUUUCAGGAAGGCAAAGAAUGAUUUUUUAUAUAUGGAACAAAAUAUUUGAGUUUAAUUUAUCAGUUUAUUCAUACUUAUUAAGAUAAAAUUUCAAAUGAAAUAUUUUUUUUAAUCAUAAUAAACAUAUAGUUUGAAAAUAGUGGAAUUGGCUGUAAGUUUUUAUAUAAUUAUAAAUAAUUAUUUAUAAAUUUUUGACUUAAAUAUCUUUUUUUGAUGGAAUUAUUUUUAUCAUCAGUUUGAAACUUAGAAUGUCACUUACUACUGCCUUCAAAUAUUUUUUAUUUAUCUAGUAAACAACAAUAAGUACAUUUAGAACAAUAAAUAAAUGAAAAUCGUAGAAACUAUUCAAAGCAAUAUAUUUCUUUUUGCUUUUAUAAGUGAUUUAAGAUGAAAUAGAGGGUGUUUGUACAAUUGUAUCAAUCAUUUUAUUCACGAUACAUUUAAGGAUUUUUUAAAAAUAAAUUCAUGCGAUUGUUGACUCUUGUAUGGAGAAUAACAUAUAGAAGGUUUUUUGUAACUAAGACAGGAGUCAGGACAUAUAAAUAAUAAACGAUAAAUAAAUAAAUAAAACAUGAAUGGAGGAAUGAUUCAAAACGAAAAAUAGAACAGAUAAAAAUAAAACAAAGCCACAUAGUAUUUGAAAUUAGGUUUUUAAGUAAUAUAAUGUAAAAGAAGUUUGAAAAGUUUGUAUUGAUAUUACGAUUUAAUCGCGCGUCUAACGGCACACCAGGUGAAUGAACUAUAAACAGAGGAUAAAGGAGAGCAAAAAAAAAAUAUAAAUGGAUAAUAGCGAUAAUAAAUAAAUGAAAUAAAAUAAUACAAAACAAUUAAUUCGUUUCUUAAGCGUAUCUUGGAAAAUAUUUGUAUGUAAAUGAAUGAAAAACAAUAAAAAGUAUCAUAUACAAUAAAA